AACCGUAUUCACCAAUUAAUCAUGAUAGUACCACGCGAAGAUCAAGCAAAGUUAGUCAAGAGAAUAAUAUACGUGAAUAGUAAUAACAACUGGCAGCGUCGUCGAUGGUUGUUGUGGAUAUUAAUCGCUAUUCCAAUUAUCUUCGCUCUUUUGUACUUCAUCUUAAGAUCAACUCUUUUUAGAAAGAAAGGAAAAGUGGUAACUACUCAGAUGCCAAUGCCAGGACCUCCUCCACAACAAUAUUACAACCAGGGAUAUCAUCCAGGUCCUCCUCCUCCUGGCCAAGGAUACAACAUGAAUGACUUGCCACCUCAACCAACCCCUGCUUAUGUUCCCCCUUCAUAUGAACAAACUUCAUAUGGACAACAACAAGAUACAUUUGGACAGCAACAAGGUACCUAUGGUGGCUAUCAUAAUGACGAAUUCAAUCCUCCUAGCGGUCCUCCUCCAAAGAAUUAAACGUGAUUCACUUGAGAUGAUAUGUAUUUCAGUUGCCAUUUUGUUUAGCCUGUACCAACAACAAGUUGUCAAAUAUUUAUAUGUAUAGAUUGCUGUUUAGUUCAAUUUUAAAGAAGGAUCUUUUCUAGUAUUAUUAUAUGUAGUAUGUAAAUAUACAAUUAAUUUUUGUAUUU